UACAUUAUGUAAAUACUUGAAAUAUAUAUUUUCAGCAGUAUAUCAUCCAAAAAAUUGUAAGCAAGUACGGAUCUUAAAAUUCACAAUUAUAUUUAUAUGGUUUUCUACACUCAUCUUUCAUUUUCAUCAAAUUCAUCCAAAAUGGCUACAUACGUCAGGGCAUCGAUGAUCAUUUUUCUUUGUAUUUGUGGCUAUGCCAAACAAGAGGACGACUUUCUCGAGGCGAUAUCACAAUUAGAACUCUUUGUUAAAGACGUAAGACGCGAAAUGUUUGAAGUCAGAAACGAAAUUGAAUCUAAACUCUAUGACGUGAAAAGGAAAGAGAUCAACUUCUUACAAUACUAUUUCGAACUAAAGAAACAAAGUUCUAAAAAGAUAGAAAGAGCUGUUGAAGAAUCAGAGAAAAAAGUUGAAAAUUUGAUUCUGGAUUUAAAACACAAUAGCAGAGAUUUGAGACUAAAGGUUAAUCAGCUUGAAAUGAUAAACAACAGAGAGAUUGGAAAUGAAUUAUCACUUGCUGGUGCACGGAAUGUCCUAGCUAUUUCAUUCAGAGCAAGUGUUCCAGAAAAAACGCAAUUCGGAGGCGUGGAAAAAAUUAUAUUUACCAAAAUAUUGGAGAACGCUGGACAAGGUUAUUUCUUGCCUACCUAGCGGGGAAAGUAUACAUUUAUCCGAGCACGCGCCGGGGAUAGAUAUUCCUGUCUUUCCCUAGGGAAAAACCUUGUCUAAAAUAGCGUGCACUAAGGUGAAGUCACAUAGUACUGGUACCAUUGUGACGUCAUAAACUUUAUAAAUAAUAUCGGGAAAUACCCAAACCUAUUUGUCUCCACGAUCUAUUUUGAACAUGAUAGGCAAGAAAAAUGAUCUUACAUGUCUGCCUGUGUAAGACAGCUGUUUUCCCUACCCUCGGGACAGCAUGGAUAAAAAAAAACCUCGCUAAGGCUCGGUUUUCCAUUCCACACUGUCCCUCGGGUAGGGAAAAUCCCGUCUUACACAGGCAGGCAUGUAAGAUCCUUAUAGACAAUGAAACUGGUAUUUUGACAGCUCCUUUCACAGGGACAUAUUUAUUCACAUUUUACUUGUGUGAAGGAGGAAAUUAUGUUGAUUUGGCAAUAAUGAAGAACACAGAUGUAUAUAGCUGGGCAAGGUUCUUUCCUUAUCAUUCUUCCUGCUCGAAUUUGGAUUUUAUAACAACCAUGGAGCCGAGAGACACAGCAUAUGUGAAACAUAUUUCCUCGUGGGAUUAUCCGGUUAUAAACGACAGAAACGAACUUUCAAUUAUAUUCUCUGGUGUGCUGAUUUCAUAACAAAAUUUGCUGGUCUUACAUUUGAAAAGUAAAUAAAAUGUAAAAUGUUUCCUCCUCAAUUUACUUUAGUUGAUUAAUAUGUUUGAUUGACAGUAUGAAAUCAAAAACGUCUAAAUUUUAUCCAGUUAAAUAAAGGUGGCUAUGUGUUAUAUAUAUUAUACUACGAGGGGCGUUCAAUAUGUAAUGUUACUCCGUAUGUAGUUUCGUAACCGCUGUUUAUUUUUAAAUGCGGUUUGCGGCACAUUAUAGAGCAAUUUAUUGGGAACACAAUGCAAUAUAAAUUAUAAAAAUCAGCAAGUUCGAAGUUAAAAUAUAAUCAUUUAAGUGAGGUGUGUUCAGGUAUACUGGACCAUAAUUAUAAUCUAGGUUUGUCCUGGGCAUCCAGAAUCUCAGAAAAAUAGAAUAACUUGUAAAAUCACAAAAUUCUAUCAUUUUUCUAUGAGGUACAGCAGCUUGUGAUGCGUUUGUGUUUGUUUUAAACUAUCUAUUGCAUUUUUAAUUUUACAACACAACUAAAAAAAUCUAAACUUGAGGUUUAUUCCAUCUAGAAUGGGUGUUGAGAGCGAUUAAUCAAAGUUGCAAGAACUAGUUUCGCAAUAGAGAAUUAAGAUACUAAUAUCAACUUAAAAUACAAUAUUUUUUUAAACGAUGAUUAUCACGCCUGACAAAAUUGCAGAUAGAUCUACUUAUUGUACUCACCUUAUCACUUUUUGAGUAAAAAUAUACACACUCAAGUUAAAACUGCUAUAAACUUUUUUAUUUUAGUUUUCAUAUGUUUUUGUGAAGAUCAUGAUUUAUUUUAUCUGUUUAAACUGAAAAUUGAUCUAUAUAUAUAGUUCUAGUUGUUGAAUAGUAGAAUCAAGGAAUUGCUUAUUACAAUCUCAAUACUUUGGACAUAAAAUUGUCUAGUACACCCGAGUACACCUCACUCAAAUGAUUAUAUUUUUGCUUUGAAUCUACCAUUUUUUAUAGUUUAUAUAACAUUGUGUUGCCAAUAAAUUGUUCUAUAAUGUGCCGAAAACCGCAUCUAAAAAUAACAUGCGGUUACGGAACUACAUACGGAGUAACAUUACAUAUUGAACGUCCCUCGUAUUAAACUGUUACACUUUACAUAUUACUACUUGCUUUAUUGAAAAUUUGUAAGGAUUUUCUGUAAAAAAAAACAACUUUUAAUACACAUUUUACAUACACAGGAGUAAAAACGCAUCUCUUUCACAUAAUUAUGUUAUGAAUAAAUAACAAAAUCUGAAAUACUGUUGAAAAUGGCGUUAAAUCAAAACACAUUCACAUAUGUUUUAAAUAAAUAAGAAAAUCUGAAAUAGUGUUGAAAAUGGCGUUAAACCAAAAACCAUGAAAGGUUUGUUUCCUGUUUAGAAAAGGACUGCUCUCGUAAUUAUUUGUAAUUUAACUUUGAACAUAAUUUAUGGAUGAUCUUCUUUUAAUUACUUUUCAUUUUAAUCUUUUACCAAUAUAUUUUCAUGUAUGUAUGUAUGUAUGUAUGUAUGUAUGUAUGUUUUCUUUAUGUUUUUGUAAAGCACUUUUGAACGUACAUAUUUUGUAUGAAAAGGGUGAUAUAUAAGUUAGGUAUAAUAAUCAUAUCAUUUCACAAUUUAUUCAUUUUACUAAAACCUGUAUUUUAAGAAGAAUAAAAGUUUCAAG